UUGUCAAACCUUUCAGUCGCAUUUGGAGCUAAGCUUUUCGAGAUUUCUGAGAGACUUCACAAACUACAAAGACCUGAAAAGCCAGGGGAAAAUAAGAAGAAAAAAAGUAAAAAACAAAACGAAGACGACAAUACAAAUUGUACAAAUCGGAUGCGAGCGCGUGUGUGUUAGUGUCCAUUCAUUCAUUCAACAACAAUAAAAGUAAAUGAAAUACAAAAUGCAAUCGCCGCAGUCGCAGUUGCAGUCGGCGUCGCAGUAGGCGUCAGCAGAGGCUGGGAAACAGUAGCAGCAUCAAAAUCCGAAAGAGAGAUCAUUUUUCAUAUGCGAAUCGAAACUCGAAGAGCGCGCAUCAAAGUCAAAUUCAAACGGCGAAAGAGUAACGGACAAAAGCGAAUUGUUUUGUGUGCAUAAUACGAACCGAAAAAAGAUAAUAAAAAAGAAAAUAAAGCCUUACCAGAACGUAAUUGAAAUCAAAUUAAAGGCGGGCCGUGCAAAAAAUAAAAAAAAGGAAUAAAGCCAGGGCGAUAAAAAAGAAAUUAUGCUCCAUUGUGCGAUUGUGUGAGAGGUCAAGUGCCCGGCAGGCAAAAGAAGAAAGGAGAGAGAUAGAUGCAAGUUUAAUGUUAAUAGGCAAACGAAACGAAUGAACUCAUAAAAGGGCAAGAGAGAGGGCAAUAGCAGUAGCAGUAGCAGCAGCAGAAGAAGAAGAGCAGGCCAAGCCCAAAUGACCGCAAGAAUACCGUUAAUUCGAACAGCUUCAGCGGUAUUACGAGCAUUUAUACAGUCUACCAGUUAGAUAGACAGAGAGAGAAAAACUUUCUUCUUCGCAUAACUAGUGUGAACUUCCUCGGCCGCAUAAAAGUUUGCCACUAUUUCAAUUUCAAUUGUUAACGAGCGAAAGCGCCGCCCGUCACGUCACGCACAAAAGCAACAAAACAAAUAGCAGGAAAAGUGCAGCAGACGGCAAAGCAGCGAAAAUGUACCAGUCGCAGCAGAAACAGCAUCUCCAUCGCCAUCACCAUCCCCCCGCCUUAAAAGCCACCCAAACGCAGACCCACAGACUUAGCCAGACUCUAAGCCAGAUCAAGAGAUGCGGCUAUAACCACAGCCCCAGUCUGAGCCUCAGUCUCAGUGGCCCGAAGAGCCAGCGACAGCUGUUUGGCGCACUGCUGGCCGUGUUCAUGUUGGCGGUAUUAGCGUCAACCACCAAUGGCGCUGUAACAGACUCCCCCAUCAAGAUUAUCCGGCUGCCGGCGCAGGCGCCAGUCAUCCGCUAUCGCAGUGCUGAUGCGGCGCCGGACUCGCUGCUGAUCAACUACCGCCAGGAUGCCCAGCCGGAGUUGUCCUCCACGUUGAUGCAGGCACCGGGAGCGGCGGCGGCUGCUUUGGAGUCGCUGCUGCGCGAGGAGACGGAGCAGCAGCAGCUGGCGCAGAUGGGCAGGCGGAACCGGGCCAGUGCCACAACCACCGGCAAUUGUCCCCGAUCUUGUCCGCCCAGCAUAACGGUGGGCGCUGAUCCCGUGUGCGGAAGUGAUGGCCUGAUCUACGCCAAUCUCUGUGAGCUGCGCAAGAAGACUUGCUCCCGCAGCGGAGUUUCCCUGAUCAAGGAUGUCCGCGAUGGCUGCGAGCGGUCCAAGGGCUCGGAUUGCAAGCAUCGCUGCAGCACGGAAAAGGAUCCGGUUUGCGGAACUGACGGAAGGACUUACUUGAAUCGCUGCAUGUUGAGGGUGCAAUCCUGUCGCGUGGGAUUGGCAGCCGUUAAACUGUCGCAUGUGGGUCCUUGCAGCAAUACGAGUGCUGUGCGCGAAUCCUGUCCGGUGGAUUGCAAUAGUGCACCCAAGGAUGGACCAGUUUGCUCAUCCGAUGGCAAUGUCUACAACUCCACGUGCGAGAUGAAGCUGCAUACGUGUGGACAGGGUGUGGUGAAGACGAGCAGGAAGCAUUGCCAGUCGACGAGGAUGUGCAGGGAGUCCUGCUGGCGGGUAGCACGACCCACCUGCGGAUCCGACGGACGACUGUAUGCGAGUCCCUGCAAGAUGCGCUCCUCCAACUGCGGCAAGCACGUCUUCGAGAUUCCCCUGUCCUUCUGCAUGCCGCAGGAGAGGCACGGCAGUGCCUCCGACGCCUGUCCCACCGAGUGUCCCAAGCCGGAGGCCGAUUCCUCAUCGCAGUACGUGUGCGGAAGCGAUGGCAACAUAUACUCCUCACUCUGCGAACUGAAAAUGCUCAACUGCGGCCCCCAGCGCAAGUCCAUCCAAAAAGUGAGCAUGGACAAGUGCAAGAGUCGCCUGACGCGCUGCAAGCAGCUGCCUCCUUGCAAGGAUUUCAACAGCCUGUUCGGGUCCAUCUUCAGCUCGAAGCGAAAUGACAAGCUCUGCGGAACGGAUGCGAAGACUUAUAGCAAUGAGUGUGAGCUGGCCCACGCCACCUGCCUACGCGGCGUAAAUCUGGCCCACAUUGGACCCUGCACGGAUCUCAAUUCGCCCACCAAGGAUUGCGGAGAUGCCUGCACUCGGGCGGAUUUGGAGCAGCAACCGGUGUGUGGAUCAGAUGGCAACACCUUCGCCUCGAUGUGCGAAUUCAAGCGGCGCACUUGCAAUCUCCGUGUGGUGCCCGUUUCGCUGAAGAACUGCGCCCUGACCGCAGACUGUGAAUCCGAUUGUGAUGCCCAGCCUCCGAGUUUCGUCUGCGGAUCGGAUAACAACCUGUACAAGUCGGAGUGUCACAUGCGCAAGGAGAACUGCGGCAAGCAUGUGUUUGUGGUGCCGCUCAAGCGCUGCCUGGCCGCCUUCCAGCUGAAGGGAUGUGCCCGCAUCUGUCCCAGGGAAUUCGAGCCCGUUUGCGGCAGCGACAAUAAGACAUAUCUGAACGACUGCUUCCUGGAGAUCGAGAACUGCAGGGCGAACCAGACGGUCAACGUCAACUACUACGGCGCCUGUGGCCGCCCCGAAGCACCAUCCACUAACUUCCUCUACUAGGAAACGCAUGCGUGGCGCCUUCAUUUCACUUGGCAUUUAAUAUUUUUAGGCUUAGUCUUGUAUUGUAAUUUUUUAAAAACGAUAUUUAUUGAGUUUGAAUUAAAGCCCCCCAACGAACUUACAAGGAAUGCACUUGAA